CCGGUUGCCGUAGCAACGGGCCGCCGCGAGGGAAAACACCAGCGUGGCUUCUAGGGGGAAACAUGAAGGGGAAAGGGAAGGCGAAAGCGGCGAAAGGAGGGAAGGGGAAGAAGGGCGGCCCCGGCGGCAGCGGCAAGAAGGUUGACGUGAAGGCCCUGAAGGAGGAGUCGGAGGCCGACAGGGCUAAAGCUGCGGCGUCGCUAUGGGAGGCCAGGCUGGAGGUGACCGAGGUCUCCCGCAAGGAGUACCGCGCCGCCGCCCGCCGCCUCGCGCAGAACAACGAGGAGCUGGAGCGGCAGCAGCGGCGGCUGGAGAGGGACACGGUGGACGUGAUGGGCUACCUCAAGAGGCAGGACAUGGAGAAGGAAGAUCUGAUUGAGAAGCUAAAGCUGCAGUUGAUUGAGGUGAAGCAAAAAGCCAAAGAAGAGAACGAUGAACUGGUACAAUAUUACACCAAACAGUUGGAGGAGAUGGAGGAAAAAUUCAACAAGAAGGCCAAAGAAAUUGGCCUAAUUCAAGUUGAGCUGAAAAUGAUAAUGGAUUUUCGCAAAAAGAAAGCUCUUUUGGAAAAACAACUUGAAGAUCUCAAUGAAAUCAUGGAAAUCACAGAAAAAGAACAUCAGGAAACAAUCUGCAUGUUGGAGAAAAAGUUCCUUGAAGAAAAGCAACGACUUGAAAGAGAAGCAGAGAAGAAGAUUUAUAUGCUAGCCGAAAGGGCUCACCAUGAAGCCAUUAUGCAGUUGGACGCUGCUGGAAAAGCUGUUUUUUCAGAGAAUGUUCGUCUUCAUGAGGCUCUUGGAUACCACAUGAAGGAAACAGAAGAGUUACAAAAAGCCAAGCAAAAACUGGAGGAGAAAAAUGCCUUUCUCUUGCAGGAGAAGGAAACCAAUGAAUUGUUAGUUCAGGAAAAGAUACGGCAAAUCACUCAGCAGAAAGCCCUGAUCCAGGACCUGCAAAACAAGGUGAAAAAACUGGAAGAAGCUGUUUAUCAUAUGACCCGAGAAUUUAAAACUGAAGUUGAAAGUACCCAACAGAAGGCUUUGAUGCAGAACCAGGCAGGCCAGACAGAAAUUGCAAAGCUGCAGCAGCUGCUGGAAAUGAAGGAACGAGAGAUGAGCAGAGUGAAGAAACUGGCCAGAAAUAUCCUGGACCAAAGGACUGAAGUGGAGAAGUUCUUCUUAGAUGCUCUGGAGCAGGUGAAACAGGAGAUCAUAACCAGCAGAAAGUGCUACAAGCAGGUGGCUCAAGAUGCAUAUCAGAGAAAAAUGAUGGCAGCAUAUGCAGGGAAAGAUGAAUACCCUAAAAUCAGAACCUUUAACAACAAUGAGCACAGCACAAAUAGUGUACAAAUGGACCUUCUGGAAGCAGAGAAAUGGACAAAUAUUCAGAAAGGAAAACUGGACAUUUCUGAUUUGACCUGGGAGCAGAAGGAGAGUGUGCUGAGGCUACUCUUUGCAAAAAUGAAUGGCCUUAAACAACGGAAAUACGGUCAAGCUUUGGUUCCCAUAACUCCAGACACAAUGAAUUUAGCAGAACCAAAGAAUGCUGGCACUGAUGAUACAAUUCCUGUCUAUGCUUUCAUCACUCAGCAGGCACCACUAUCGGAGUCACCUCGUAAAGGAUCAUCCCUUCCAGAUAUUCAGGUUAUACCACCACAAUCCAACUAAGAUGGCUGCUAAUCAAGAAAAAUAUAUAAUGAAAGCCACCUUUCUUCAUGGGCUCCAGGUCUAUCAGGCAAAUAAUGCUGCAGUGAUGAAAUUCAAAUGUUUUCUAUACAUUUCAAUUUACUACUUCAAUUAUUCUUUCAAGGCAACGACUUUCUUUUAAAAAAAAUUCACUAAUGCUUUCUUGCAAGAUGGAAUCCUAUUUCUUGGUAACAUUUGUUUCAUUUUAAAGUCUUUGUAUUGUAUAACUGUAUUCUGAAAUAAAAAAUGAGGGCAUUUUGUUCACAGCCCUUUUUGAUAAGGUGAAA